CUUCUGCCUGUGUCAUCGAGAAUGGUCGCCGAUCAAAAUGAAGACCGCCGCUAUGGGUGUGGGCCAAUGAAAUCGGGUUGUAUACAGUGGCUGAAUUCAAUCCGAUGGCACGUUUUCUGGCAAUGCAUUUUCAACUUUUUCGAGGGAUUUAUUGUAAAUGGCGUGGUGAAUGUAAUUAUACCAGCUCUAGAAAAACGCUAUGAACUGUCUAGUUCCAAAUCCGCCAUUAUUGCCAGUGCCAAUGAUUUUGGAGCUUUCGUACUAUUAAUCUUUGUCGGUUACUUCGGAGAGAGACGUCAUAAACCUAAACUGAUAGGGGCUGGAAUCUUAUUAAUGGCGUUUGGUUGUCUUGUAUUUUCGCUUCCUCAGUUUAUAGGAGAAAAGUAUGCUUACACAAUAUCAGAUUCUUCUAAAAAUGGGAGUGACAACCUUUGCAGCAUAGGAAAUACAACGUCUUCAUGUUCCUCGGACGUUGAUGACAUCAAAGAAUACUUCAAAGCUUAUUAUGCCUUGUUUAUUGUUGGGCAAAUGUUCUUAGGAAUAGGUGCUGUUCCCAUGUUUACUAUUGGGCUUAGUUAUAUAGACGAGAACUGUAAACAGAAAUUAACAUCAUUUUAUAUAGGUUUAACUUUUUGCUCGGCUGCAGUUGGGGUUGCCAUAGGUUACAUUGUAGGAGGUAAUGUUCUAAACGUCUUUGUUGACGUAGACAAACUUGACGUAGCAAACUUACCACUGAAAUCAUCAGAUCCGCAAUGGGUAGGAGCAUGGUGGAUUGGAAUCAUAAUAGCUGUUCCAGCAUUUAUUUUAGUUGCUUUUCCAAUACUUGGGUAUCCUCGACAUCUUCCAGGUUAUGAAGAGCUCCAGAAGCAAAGAAAGUCUGAAGCGUACGAUAAUGAUGCGGAAGAAAUCACUGCACAAGCAUCAUUUGGUAAAAACUGGAAAGAUUUUCCUCGAUCAUUCCUACUUUUGAUAAAGAAUCCAACAUAUGUUCUCAUUUGUUUGGGCAGUGUGUGUGAGACUUUGCUUAUUGGUGGCACUGCUACGUUCGGAUCAAAAAUAAUACAAGAAUUUUUCAAUGUUGACCUAGCUACUGCAGGAACUAUUAUGGGUGCUAUAACAAUACCUGGAUCUGGUGGUGGAAUGAUAUUCGGUGGAUAUAUGGUUAAGAAGCUAAAUCUGAAGCUUCGUGGAAUUAUAUACUUUUGUUGCAUUAGUAUUGGACUCGCAGCUUUACUUGGACCAUCAUUUUUGGCAAGUUGUCCGAGUCAACCACUUGCUGGAGUGUCAACAGACUACAAAGUAGAAAUUGGAACUAGUUUGAUUGCUGGCUGUAAUAAUAACUGUGGUUGCACAACAGCAGGGUUUGAACCAAUUUGUGAUCAAAACAAAACAGUUUACUUUUCACCGUGUCAUGCAGGUUGUACAGAAGCUAUUAUUACAAAUGGAACGAAGACGUAUAUGAACUGUGAUUGUAUAAGUCCAGAUGAAAACACCAUUUUGGUAGUUUCUGGUUCCUGUUCUGACAAAUGCAAUUGGUUUUAUGUGUUUUGUGUAUUAUUAUUCCUUAUAAUGUGGUUCACAUUUUCAACCAUGUCACCCAUAGUCACAGCAACAUUCAGAUGCGUUCCUCAUGACCAAAGAUCUUCUGCUAUUGGUUUACAGCUGUUACUUGUUCGUUUGUUAGGUACCACUCCUGGCCCUAUAUUUUUGGGAACAAUUAUUGACAGUUCAUGUGAUGUAUGGCAGGAUACAUGUGGAGUGCAGGGAUCUUGCUGGAUUUAUAACAAAACCGAUUUAGGACUUCGUAUAAUGGUUUGGUGGAUAUGCUUAAAAGUUUUGGGAUUUAUAUUCUUAUUCUUAGCAGCUAAAUUUUAUAAACCUCGAAAAGAGAGUACAGAAAUAAAGGUCUCACAACCAGAAAGUGUCAAAGAACCAAAAAUAUAUGACAAAGAAAAGGAAUUUACAAAGCUUUGAUUCUUAAUUGAGGCAUCUUAACAGUAAAUCAACUGUCAAUCAUAUAUGAUAAAACUUGCAUUUUGCAAAAUGAUUAAAGAAACCGAUAUAUAAAGAUGGUUAAGGAAUUGUCUUUGAAUAUUAAUGCAAUGUUGAUAUUUCCGAUUAUUUAUCGGUUAUAACGUAUUUUUUUGAAAUUAUUAAGUAGUUAAUUUACGAUAUAACCGAUGGGAACUUUCUCAUUAUGAAAUUUUUCAUUUCAACCUUUGUUUUUAAUUUUAACAUUAUGGUCCUUCUUUUAUCUGAUCAAUUUUUCAAGUGUCCCACAGCAAAAUUUUGAUUUUACACAAGGGGUUGACAUUUUGUAUCCACAAUUUCUCUCAAACGGGGAAAGGAUUUCAAUGAAACCUGCACAUAAUUUUUAGUACCUCAUUGGAUUGUGUAACUGUUAUAUAAUUUAUAUCCAAAUGAAUUUUGUGGUUACCAAUAACAAAAUACGAAUACUAA